CAGAGUGUAUCUGUGUGCUGUACAGCCUGUGCUUGCGUGAUGUGAUUUUUCUGACAAGUUUGCAUUUGCAGAAUAGACCUAGUUAAGGGAGAGUCGAGGAGGGAGGGAGAAGUGGGGCUGCAGCAAUAAUAGUGACAGCAGCAGCAUCUCUUGAGGAGUGAAGGAGUCAAGAGAAGUGCAAUCCUUCCAGCUCUUGGCCGAGCCAGUCUUGUGGAUUAAGUCUUCUUUUCUAAAACAGACUACAAGAGCUCAUCCUCAGACUCUGUCGCACUCUCUGUCUCUUUCACUCUCCUCUCUAUGCCUGGCACUGCCAUCGCAGGCAGUAUGGACAUGGCACAGUGAGCUGCUCUGUUUGUCUCAUUCACACUCUCCCUCAGCAUCGCUCUAUACUUUAUUCUUUGUUCAUCACCUUUACCUUUCUCCUUUUUCUCUCAUCUACCACAUUUUAUCUCUCUUGCUGCUUUUGUUCUGUCCUCCCCUUCUCUCUUCCACUCCGUCUUCUUCCUGCUGUUUCAGACACAGAGCUGCAAUGUGCAGCCAGAAGAAAUUAGCUGUUAGCAUUAGCUAUUAGCUAUUGGCUAUUGGCUAUUGGCUAUCUACUUCUUCACUGAGAGGAAGGCUUUAAGGGGUGACCCCAUCCUCCACCAUCUACUGGGGUCCAUCAUUGACCUGCCACACCCACCCACCCACCCACCCUCCGCUGCAGGGUGGGAUGGGCAGGGGCUGGGUGAGUUAGCCAGGGGCUCGAGGGUUAGCAACAGGGCGGGCGAUGCCAGAGGGUAAAGUACCAGGACAAGGAGGAGGUGCAGGCGGGUGCUCGCGGGGCAAGUGGAAACUAAGGAAAGGAGGCAGCCGCUCAGCCAUCCCUGCGCUCUUCACCAUCACUGAGGAAGAGGAGGGACAGAAACGGAAAGGUGCUUGCAGGAGGAAAAAAAAAGCAUCUUACUCCCAGUAUAAAUCGGAGGAUGGAACAGUGUCUUCAGCCACCCGCCCGAGCUCUGCGGGCUCCGGACAGACCUACACUCCCACCCUGACCCCUACCCCCACUCCAACCCCUAGUCGCACCACCACCAGCAACAGCCCCAGUAACAAUGCUGCUACCAAAACAGACUCGCUGCUCUUUAACAAGAUUGACGAGAGACAGAGGUUGGCCCGUGAGCGGCGGGAGGAGCGUGAGAAACAGAAUGCCUUCAAGGAGGCCCAGUGGCAGGCACGUGAGGAGCGAGCCAAGCAGUACUAUGAGAAGCACCUGGAGGAGAGGAGGAGAAGGCUGGAGGAGCAGAGGAUAAAGGAGGAGAAGAGGCGGGCUGCCGUCGAGGAGAAACGACGGAUGAAACUGGAGGAGGACAAGGUUCGUCAUGAGGCGGUGAUCCGUCGGACAUUGGAGCGGAAUCAGAAAAGCCGACAGAAGCCCAACCGCUGGUCGUGGGGAGGGGCUCUGCACACAAACACUCCCAGCACACCAGCCGGUUUUGUCGAGUCGGCUUUCCUCUAUCCACUCGACCUUGCUGGACUGGAGCACAUGCAGAGUGCUUUCAGUCUCUACCGCAGAUACGGAAUGACCUCCCAAUAUGCUGACAGGCGGUCAGUGUCCACGAUGAAUUUAUCCAGACAUGCAGACCCUGUCAUUACCAAGCGCCUCUCCUCCUCCUCUGCCACACUCCUACACUCACCAGACCGAGGCUUACAGAUGAGAACAGCCUCCACCCCUGUCAUUAGCAAAGCUCUGUCCAAACCGCGCCUACACCAGGGAAAGACCACCCAGCACAAAAACACAGGCCUGCGCCGUCUUCCAUUGACGCCAUGGGAGAGCAAUGUGGUGAACCGCCUGCAGCAGCCAACGCACUCCUACCUGGCCCGCAGUCGCAGUGCCAUGAGUCUGUCUGGAGAGCAAACAGCCAUGCCUGUGUGUCCUCGCUCAGUGUCUUGCCACCCCAUGGGCUCCGUAUCCUUCAAGGCUCUGCAGGCCCAGCCGCUCCCUCACUGCCGCAGCCAGGAGAGGAGCCUCAGCAGGGAGACGGCCUCGUCCUCCUCCACCACCCCACGCAGGAGGACCACCGGAACCACACAGCGAAAGGACCGGGACAAUGUCAGGAAGUCGUGGAGCAACCUGUCACUCCCACUGGCCCCCAUUCUGACUCUGCCCCCCAAAAAACGCUCAUCUUCUCCAGGCAAGAAGAACAGCAAAGUGACAGCACCCUCUCCUGGCAGGCCUCCACAGAAGACAGCGGGGCGUCCUCCGACCCCCAAGCUGCUUAAAUCCCCGGGGGCGGAAGAUCCUGGAAACCUUCGUCCUGUCAGAACCACACCCGAGAACCCCCACCCGUCAACGUCCACCAGAGCCCAAGAGGACGAGGAAGAGCAGGUCCUCAGUCCUCCUCAGCCUCGACCGCAGCCGCUGGGUCAGAACAAGGCCGCGAACGAGCAGACACCAGCAGCACCAACAGCAGCCAGCGAGAAUGUAAGCAGUCCUCCAGCCCACAAGCCUUCAGCAGGCACCACAGAUCCAGAGGAGGCGAGUCGUAUCCUGACUGAGAAACGACGGCUGGCCCGCGAGCAGAGGGAGAGAGAGGAAGAGGAGCGCAGGCUACAGGAGGAGCAAGGAAGGUUGGCAAAGGAGGAGAUGGCUCGCCGAAAGGCAGAGGAGCGAGCGAAGAGAGAGGAGGAGGCUCAGCGGCAGGCGGAGGAGAGAAGAAGUAAGGAGGAGGAGGAGAAGAAGAAGGUGGAGGAGGAGAGACUUCAGAAAGAGAGGGAGGAGGCAGAGAGACUCCAGAAACAGAAAGAAGAAGAAGAGUCUCGGCAGAGAGAGGAGGCCGAGCGACUGAGGCAGGAGAGAGAGAAACACUUCCAGAAAGAGGAGGCUGAACGCCUGGAAAGAAAAAAGCGCCUGGAGGAGAUUAUGAAGAGAACAAGACGUUCAGACACAGCAGACAAGAAAGUCAUUCCUAACAGGAAUGGAGACAAUGCAGCCUCUCCUGCUCCAUCUGCAAUGACUGUGUCACCGACACACAAUAGCAACGGCAACAGUCGGCAACCUGAGCCCAACCCAAACCCCAGCGCUGCAGCACUGAGCCAUCCUGACGAGAGGGAGAACGGGGAGUUUGAGGAGGUGAUCGUACUGCCUUCACAUUCCAGGUUGUCUCCUCCUGAGGGAGAGGAGGAGCAUCAUCAGCAGCAGGAGGAGGAGAGAGUUCCUGUCGUAGCCUUCAGGGAGAACGGUCUCCUCAAGCCUCUGAGUGGAAUAGAGGAUAUAUCAGCCCAGCAGGGACCAGAUGUUGCCUGAUCCCCUGCGAGGCUGAGAUUAUUCCCCACCCAGAGAGACAGGAUGAGAGGUGGUCAGAGAGAGGCGAAGAAACACAGAGCUGUUGGACUGAAUCAAAGGAAGGACUCACAGCACCAGAGGUUUACUUUCUCACCCGCCCGCGACAGCAGAGCACCGCAGCCAUUUCCCAAAGAUGGUGUCUCCAAAGAUCUCCCUAAAGCAUCUCCAGAGAGAAGUUACUUUUCCCUCAUCAGACUCUCUGGGGGAACAGAUCGUCUCUCUGUCUUUGACCAUGUUUACACUUGGUCAUAAUGUUUGUUCUGUGUACAGCCCCAUCUACCCCUGAUUCUGAAGUGAAUGUCCUGAAAUCACGGGAGGGCAUUGAACGCCUGUUUAAUCUUUUGACUCUCGUGGUGUGUGUGUGUGUGUGUGUGUGUGCGUGCGCGUGUGCGUGCAUAUAUGUGUAUGUGUGGAUGACAGACUAAUAGUAAUGUCAGUGAGAUCAGUCAUGAUACUUGAAGAUAUUUCUGUAGAACUAUUGUAAUCAGACUGACUGAAUCAGCAAUGUGACGUUAUAACUGGAAUUCGCACGGCAGACUCAGAAUUUUGAGGUUUCAUUAAUUCGUGUGCUCUCUUUAACUGGAACCUCAUUAUUCUCACGUUUCAACAUCUCUUUUGAAAUGUUGCAGAAGAGAUGGGAUGUAGGAAUGAUAUCAGUGCAUGAAGUUGUAUUAAGACUACAGGAAAGGCUCAUGUGAUGUAAAAAUAUAAUUUGCUGUGUCUACAGUGUUUAAAACUAGAGGUUAUUAUUGGGGUGAGGCAGCAGUUUUGGGAGUUUAAGUUAAAUACUGUUUUCUCAGACGACUGAGAAUUAGGGUGUAAACUGAUUUCUUGUUUAGUUUUAUUUAAUUGCUGUACAGAUAAAAUGUGAUUCUUUGUUUUGUCCUCAUCCUCACUUUAUGUUCAAUUUGAGAAAAAAAAAAAAAUCUGCUUUGAUGUUAAGUACUGCCCUUUCCUUUCACUUGUUUACCCUGUUAAAGCUGCAUCCUCCACCCUGUCACACUGCCAGUGAGCAGUGUCAGAGGACCUCGCUGUAGCUUAGCCACCUUGUGUUUGAAGUUGUCCUUUGUUCUGGACGAGUACAAAAUGGAUGGUAAUAAUUUACUGGUGAUGUUAAUUUUGAAAUAAUCUCAUUAAUUUGAACUUUUUUUGAAUAAGAAUUUGAGAAGAAAUGCUGCUAAUUAUGAUGUUCCUUUGCCUUACUGCAUUGUAGAGGAUGAGGUGACUUGUCUACACUGUCUCACUGAAAUGAAAAUAUGCAUUCCCUUUAUGAGCUUUGACAUUCUGGCCACACACUCAAACUCUUCCAUUUGAUUUAUGUUAAAGUAGAUCAUGAUGAAAUGUUGUCAGUUAUGUGACUGUAGAGGAGCUCUAAUGUCAAAUAAAUGGGUCUUUCAGGAAAGACAGAGGUGGGAUUUAAGUAAAACACUGGAACUCAACCUUUAUACCACCGUGAUCCCCACUUCAAACUUUGUCAUACAACUCCCAAUAAUGCUGCUGUCUUUGUAUUUGGUUCUCAAACCUUUGCACUUAGUUUCCUUUGUUUGAAAUCUUGCAGUACCACCGAAAUGAAGGAAACUUGAGAUUAUCCAUAUCUGGGUUUUGAAGAGCUGGUUUCUGCCAGUAGUACAUAGCAUGCUGUUAUCAAAAUGGUAACUUGAUGUAGCUUGCGAAGAAAUUGCUUUAACACAAGCAAGAUCUCUUGUAAAGUAUAUUAUACAUAGAUAUCCUAUAAAUUAUGUAUAAAAGGUUGAUAUAUUUUAUUAAGACUGACCACAAGGUUUUGAAAACUAACAAGCCCUUUACUUCAGAAGACACGGGGCAGUGGGAUAAGAUCUUUGAACCACUGUAAAACUGAAAUCUUUGUACAACUGUUCCAGCUGAAAUGUUUGGCAAGAAAAUAAAACUUUGAAUUGA